CCGCCCCCCGGCGAGUUUGACAUGGCGCUCAGCGGCACGCUGCUCCCUUCGAUCGCUACCUUCGCGACGGGCACGGCCGGCAGGGAAAAAGCCUUGAGACAAGCCGCUGCCAACAACAAGUGGAAAGAGGAGCUAUCUCACCUCAAACGGCUACCCCCUGUGCUAACAGGACGGCACUACGACCUCUCUGCCGAGCUGGCAGCCUCCAACAGUGGCAGCAGCGGGGCUAUGUCAAGGCGGGAGACGGAGGAACUGAACGAGCUGCUGGACUUUGACUUCAUUCUGUCCAACUCCCUGAUGCCCCAGGAGCAACCUGCUGCUGCCACCGCCGUGGUAAGCACCGCUCCCGGCCCCUCGGGCUCCAGCAACGGCUGCCCGUCCGUGACCACCUGCGACUUCACCUACCAGCUGCAAAGGGGAGAUCACACCGGAGGAGGAGGGGGCAUGCUGUACAGCAGGGAACAGGCUCCUGCUGCCCCAUUCAAUCUGGCCGACAUCGACGACGUCUCCCCUUCAGGUGGAUUUGUCGCAGAGCUGAUGAGGCCCGACCUGGACCCGGUUUAUAUGCAGCAGCCGCCGCCGCCCUCGCUCGGCAGCUUGCACGGGAAAUUUGUGGUGAAAGCCACAGUGAACAUGGGGGAAUACAACAACCACGUCAGUGUUAGCAGCAAGAACCCAGCGGCUGCAGUUUCCCCUUGUACGGAUGGACCUGUGCCCCCCCUUUAUAAGCACGUGCCCAGGAUGUGCCCGAAAAUCAAGCAGGAGGCUGCCCCAUCGUGCACCCUAGGCCAAUCCCACGGGAACACUCAGAGGGCACAGCAGCAUGAGUUCCCCAUGGGGCGGCCGCUGCCUAGCAGGACUAACCCUCCCUUGACUCCCGAGGAGAUGAUGAACCCAAGAGACUGCCACCCUUCCCCACAGGGCUUAAGCCACCCCAGUCUGCCGAUUCCUCCGCCAGGCUACCACCCUGCCCCCGGAUACCCACCUUUCCUCCCGGAGCAGAUGCCCCCGAGCGCACUCCAGUAUCAAGGUCAGUCUUACUAUCUAAAUGUUUUUGGAGAGCCUUUAAGCGUGCCUCGCUCGGUGCAAAGGAUGAUGCUGACUCCGCCCUCUUCACCUCUAGAGCUGAUCCCUUCUGGGAGCUGCCUGUCUGAAGAGACCAAGCCAAAGAGAGGACGGCGGUCAUGGCCCAGGAAAAGGACCGCAACGCACACGUGCGACUAUGCAGGUUGCGGGAAAACUUACACAAAGAGCUCACACCUCAAAGCGCACCUUCGGACCCACACAGGUGAGAAGCCCUAUCACUGCGACUGGGAAGGAUGUGGCUGGAAAUUUGCCCGCUCCGAUGAACUCACUCGUCACUACAGAAAACAUACGGGCCACCGCCCCUUCCAGUGCCAGAGGUGCGACAGAGCGUUUUCCCGGUCUGACCACCUUGCCUUACAUAUGAAGAGACACUUUUAAAGGGAAUUGGCACACUUCUACUGCCACAAGAGAUUCAGUA